AUGGCACAAGGGCGCCCACGUCAAGUUCUUGGACAGCGUGAAACUGGGAUCAUAUUGAGGUGUGUCGGUACAAGUCUGUCAACAUUUGACGCCAGCCCUUUGUUCAACGACGGCUACAGACACUCUCAAAUAUUCAAAUCAACUGCAGACAGCCACGGAAAGUACUUCCUCGGAAUCUCGUUUACCUGGUUCUAUUGUGAUGUCGAGGGAAACGAUGCGGAGCUUGGGGAAACCACGCGAGAGUACAGCAUCCAAUCCUCCCCAUUCACUUCCGGUUUUACACACACAGUCGGUUUGAACCACAACGUCCAGGAAUAUUUCUUCAAUCACGUUGCGCCCCGAAAUAAUGCUAAAUUCCUCGCAGAUUCCGCACAAGGGGUCUUGAAUGUCAUCUUCGAUGUCAUGCUGAAGGCGCAAUGUCCUCAACCUAAAACCAGUUUCAAGCUUCUCUGUAACCCUGAUGAAUGCCUGGAUUGCCACCAAAUCUCGCACUUUAUCCGCCUCGACACUCAACGAUCGAACAUUACGAAAGUCGAGCACGCGGACACCAUUGGGACGUCUUGCGUUCAGAAGAAAGCGAAUGACCGAAGCUGUGGGGCAGCUUCCAGUGCAGGCAGAGAGUCCUUUUCAAAGCUCACCGCCGUAGAAGGACUUGUGAGGCGGGCCAAGGUGAGGGUCACCAAUUCCGAGCUUGAAAGAUUGAAGAUGAUGAAGCUUUCCCAGUACCCGGAGCACAUCAUCAUCUUCAAGGAAGGAGCUCGCAUUACGAACUUCUUCAUAAUAUGUCAGCAUGCGUCUGUUGAAUCCAACAAAAAUGAGGACAAGAUUCACGGAGAUCUGACUUUUACUCCGCAAAAAUAUGCUGGCUUCGACAAACUACCCUUGAACCUUCUAGUUCCCUUGCAGAUAACGGCUUCCUGCCCAAAAAGAACUUUCCCUUGGGCUGGCUGGCCAAAGAAAACUGGAGGAGGAACAUGCGAGGAAGGGAAUGAAAGAUUGACCAAGAAGGGGGGUAUUAGUAUUGGAAUCAUGGAUAAAUUACCACUGUUAGACCUCCAGAUUUUGCCCCAUUGCAGUAUCCGUCCGAAGCCAAACGCCAGUAAUGGGUGUGUCUUGGCACGUGGUGCCUUCGACCAACGGACAGGAGCAGGAGAGCUAAGUGACAACAUUUGGAAGGGUUCUCGCACCCAGCACCCUAUUUUUGGGCUUUACACUUCUUACGAUGUCGAUUCAAAGAAGAUCUCGUCCCAAAGCUACUCCCACAGCCAUUGGCACCCGUGCAAUGCAAACCGGCCAGGGGCCGCAUUUGCCCUGCGUCUGUUUGUGGCGGAUAGUUGUUCUGGAGACGCCACCACUGCACGGGGUGGUAAUUCGCUACCAACUUCGGGAACCCAGGGACUCAUGGGCGGCAUCCGAAAUGCGUCAGAGGCUUGCAAAAAUAUGAGCAAUUUCGUACCUGGUAAAACUGGUUGA